UUNACUACAACAAGCUUCAGACACUUCUAACCUCCAUGUGUUUCAAGAAGUACGCCCAAAAAGAUGACAUAGCCGUGUGGCAGAAGCUUUCAGACAAAUCUUGCUACGACAAAAUCGCAAAGAACAUGGAAGCUUACCCUCCCAAAUGUGACGACAGCAUAGAACCUGACUCUGCUUGGUACACUCCUCUCCGUCCCUGCGUGGUUGCACCGACCUCUAAAGUCAAGAACUCCGGUCUCGGGUCAAUCCCAAAAUGGCCUGAGAGGUUAAACGUCACGCCUGAGAGAAUCGGUGAUGUACAUGGAGGGAGCGCGAGUGGUUUGAAACACGAUGAUGGUAAAUGGAAGAAUAGAGUUAAGCAUUACAAGAAAAUUUUACCAGGUCUUGGGACAGACAAGAUAAGGAAUGUUAUGGAUAUGAACACUGUCUAUGGAGGUUUUGCUGCAGCUCUCAUUGAGGAUCCUGUUUGGGUCAUGAAUGUUGUCUCCUCGUACAGCGCAAACUCACUGCCUGUUGUCUUUGAUCGCGGUCUCAUCGGAACUUACCACGACUGGUGCGAAGCUUUCUCGACAUAUCCAAGAACAUAUGAUCUUCUUCACCUUGACAGCCUUUUUACCUUAGAGAGUCACAGGUGUGAGAUGAAGUACGUUUUGCUAGAGAUGGACAGGAUCUUGCGACCGAGUGGAUAUGUUAUAUUCCGAGAAUCUAGUUAUUUCAUGGAUGCAAUCACAACAUUGGCCAAAGGGAUGAGGUGGAGUUGCAUGAGAGAGGAGACUGAGUAUGCAGUCAAAAGCGAGAAGAUUCUGGUUUGCCAGAAAAAGCUAUGGUUUUCGUCUAACCAAGCCUCUUGAUGUGGUCACUGUAUCAAAGUUUUAAAACUGGUAAUCAGUGUUACUCUGGCAGUUUUACACAGACAAAAAGAGCUGGUCCUUUGAAUCCAAGAUAUAGCUAUAAACAAUCUACUUUUACUUUUUUUUGGUCCUUUAAAUUGAUAUUAUAUUUUUUAAUUA